AGCUGACGCACUAACAGCUGCGGCUGCGGACUGUAAGGUGGCCUUAACUUUUGAGCUACCAUGUUCGGUGAUGCUGUUGAAGCUGCGCCGAUGAGAUCGUGGGGAGGAUUGAAAGCUUGUUGUCGACGGCCUCGUUCUUUAGCCCAAAUCCCCAAUUGAUGACGUUCCUUUCGGAUUUCUGACUUCAUUUCGAUCGCGUGUUUUCUGGUCACUCUAGAGUUUAUUUUUAAAGUUUCCAAGACCCGGCCCCCGGGUGUGCAACCUUGAAAGCGAUCCUAAAGCUGGCCGGCGCUCGCACCGCGCUCAACUUCCAGGAUGCCUCCAAAGUCGAGGUUUACCAGGCUAGAUGCCUUCACCAAGACUGUCGAAGAUGCGCGCAUUAGGACAACGUCGGGUGGUAUCGUCACCAUCGUAUCACUCAUCGUGGUGCUAUGGCUUGCUUGGGGCGAGUGGGCAGACUACCGGAGGAUAGUCGUGCAUCCCGAGCUGAUCGUGGAUAAGGCGAGAGGCGAGCGGAUGGAAAUCCACCUUAACAUAACCUUUCCUCGAGUCCCUUGCGAGCUGCUCACCCUCGACGUCAUGGAUGUCUCUGGAGAGCAGCAGCAUGGCGUCCAGCACGGUGUCACGAAGACGAGGCUGCGCCCGCUGAGCGAAGGCGGUGGUGACAUAGACACGAAGGCUCUUGAUCUGCAUUCAGCGGACGAGGCGGCCACCCAUCUCGAUCCAUCAUACUGCGGCCCUUGCUACGGUGCACAGGCGCCGAGCAAUGCGAAGAAGCCAGGGUGCUGCAAUACCUGCGACGAGGUUAGGGAGGCAUACGCACAACAAGCCUGGGCCUUCGGCAGGGGCGACGGCAUCGAGCAGUGCGAGCGCGAGCACUACGGCGAGAAGCUGGACGAGCAGCGGCGCGAAGGCUGCCGCAUCGAGGGCGGCCUGCGCGUGAACAAGGUGGUCGGGAACUUCCACAUCGCGCCCGGUCGCAGCUUCAGCAACGGCAACAUGCAUGUGCACGACCUCAGGAACUACUGGGACACUCCCACCAAGCAUACCUUCACCCACACGAUCCACCACCUGCGCUUCGGCCCGCAGCUGCCCGAUAGCCUAAACAAGAAGCUUGGCACUAAGAACUUACCCUGGACAAACCAUCACAUCAACCCACUCGAUGGCACCCACCAGGAGACGGACGACGUCAACUACAACUACAUGUACUUCGUCAAGAUUGUGCCGACAUCGUACUUGCCGCUCGGCUGGGAGAAGAAGUGGGCGGGCUUCCGCGAGGAGCACCAUGCCGAGCUCGGUGCUUUCGGCAUAUCCGCCGACGGCAGCGUUGAGACGCACCAGUACUCGGUCACCAGCCACAAGCGGAGCCUCUCCGGCGGUGAUGAUGCUGCGGAGGGCCAUCCGGAACGGCUGCAUGCCCAGAAUGGCAUUCCUGGCGUUUUCUUCUCCUACGACAUCUCACCCAUGAGAGUUAUCAAUAGGGAAGAGCGGGCGAAGACCUUCCUUGGUUUCAUGGCAGGUCUAUGCGCCAUCGUAGGUGGUACCCUGACAGUCGCGGCGGCUGUUGAUCGUGCCCUGUUCGAGGGCGGGGCGCGCCUGAAGAAGCUGAGGUCGAAGGACCUUUGAAAUUUCAACUGUCUCUGUAUACAUGAGCGUGGUGAUGUAUCCAUAUAUCGGUCAUUUGGUGUGUUUGUGUAUGUUGUUUGCUUUUGCUCCUAUUGUCGGUUUCGGAGCCUUUUGGCUACUACACCAGGAUUCUAGAUGUGCAUGGAAUAGGAGUUAACGGCUAGGCAGUUUCAAAAAUGAGUUCUUUCCUUCGCUCUGCGUUUUUAGUAUGGCAUGCUUGGUGAGGUACGGAAGCCCUUCCUAGUAUUGGAGUUGUUGACCUAGGUACCUCGAGCCCACCUAGGGAUGGGUAUGCGGCAUACUGAGAACAGUUCGGGGUACAUUGCCAAAAAGGGGGCAAUCUCCUUGGCAAGCAUAUUGGUAGUUCGGAUGAAAAUCGAUGCCACCAAA